CACACCGGAAGUCCGACUGUGAGGUUGGUGAAGUCUGUGUGGGGGAAGAGGGCGGAGUGAAAGUGAUAUCAGGGAGAAAUGGAGUUAAUGCGGGAAAGUGUUACUGUGUUUAGAUUGCUAUGACAGCGAAGAAGUGAGACAAACAACAUGGCAGACAAAAGACAGCGGGCAAGACUGCAGGGUUCAUGGGCAGGCCACAGCAAGACUGCAGCAACCACAUUUCAAGCUAGUAGACGUACUUCAGAAAAUGUUGCUAGAACACAUUGGCCAUCAAAGGAACAGGCUGCAGCUGAUAGGCGAUUUGUCUUUCAAGAUCCCACUGAGGUUCAGCGUAAGAUUCCAGAAGAAAGGAUCAUUGACAAAGAAGGUUUAUAUGAGAUCAGCAGCGGGCCAACAGGAAUUUCCAGACUGCAUCUGAAACCUGGUUUCAUUGAGUCAAAAGAAGCAGAUUGGAUGUUCGAACAACUGUAUAGGGAAAUACCAUGGCAGCAAAAAUCUAACAUUGGACAAGAUGGACCCUAUCAGGAACCAAGACUCACAGCUUGGUAUGGACAGCUCUCCUACACAUACUCUGGCUCAACUAUGAAAUCAAACCCUCAUUGGCAUCCUCUAUUGUCAGUGCUGAAGGAUCACAUUGAGGAAUUAACCGGAUACACCUUUAAUUCUCUUCUGUGCAAUCUGUACCGAAAUUGUAAGGACAGCAUUGAUUGGCACAGUGAUGAUGAACCAUCAUUGGGAAGAAGCCCAGUUAUUGCAUCACUUAGCUUUGGGGAAACCAGGAAUUUUGAAAUGAGGAAGAAACCACCUCCAGAAGAGAAAGGGGAUUAUACCUAUGCAGAAAGAAUUCGUAUUCCAUUAAGCCAUGGGUGCUUGCUGCUGAUGGAAGGGAGCACCCAGAAGGAUUGGCAGCAUCGAGUUCCAAAAGAAUACCAUGAUAGAAAUCCACGAAUAAAUCUGACAUUUAGAACAGUUUAUCCUGAGGCAUGAUUAAACUGAAGAUAAUGUUAGACGUGAAAAUGCAUUUGAUGCGGAGCUGUACAAAAAUAACUGAAAGAGCAGAAGUCUUCAAUUGAACUUUGAUAGUUUUUGUUUGAAAGCAGGAACUUUGGGAACUACAUUAAUAAUUUUCAUACAAAUGUGUUUAAGAAUUUGUCAGUGAGUGUUUACAAUUCUGAGGCACUGGACUUGUAUUAUAAAGAAGCAUGUCUGGGAAGUUUCACUGUUGCAAGUUUAGUAAAAAUGAAGUAUAAAUCCGUAAUUUCAUUGGUGGCGAAAAUUUAUUUCUAAAGUAUGUUAUUAAGUCAAUUUUGAGUUUUUUUGGGAAAAACACAAUGUCAAAUUGUGAUUGUAUACAAAUCUGGAAAAAGUUUCUUGAACGGAAAUGUGUCAUGGAAAGCUUGGAACCUGAAAAUAUUUAUUGAAGGUUUAGAUGUUUGAAAGCCAAGGUUAAGUUUCACCAUUGAAUAAUUAAAAAUUGAACUGAAGUAUAAGAGGAAGGAUUUUGGUGAGAUUAAACAAUGAAAAAGUUGAUUGUGUUUUUUUGUAAAAUAGUUGCUGAUAACAUUAUGCAGUAAAAGUUUAAAAGCAUGUUCGAAAGCACAUUUAAUUCUGUAUGAUAUGAAAUGUCCAGAAAUAAUUACCAUUUAAACAUAAUGCACUUUGAAACCGAUGGAAUUAAUGACAUCAUGAAACAUAAAUAGGUACACACUAAAUAAAUUGAUUCUUAAUCAAA